AAGAGCACAAGGUUUGACGUACUUUGAGCAUUCAUGUGGUGCCUUUCUAAUUUUGCAACAAUACGAGAUAGGGGUUGGGUGGGAGGUGGCAGGGAAGAUGCUGAAAACCUGUAGUUCAGGGAGAAACGUCAGCUCGUCGGCAUCGCGGCCGGAUUCCACUCUGACCCUGACCCCGGGACGGUCGUUGAAGAGUUGGAAAUCUAACCGGGAUUGAAGGAUCGUGGGGAUCAUCUUCAGCAGCGAGAGGUGACUUCAAAUAAUUAUUAGAGUAAAUUCAAAUUAAACGAUGACUGGGCUCUACAAGACUUCACCCAUGGACCUCCACGUCACAAAGAGAAUAGACAUAGCAUGGAAAUCCAGAAUACACACCCUCAUACAGACUCCAUUGCUAUGGAGGAAAAUCAGCAGACAGGAAACAAACGAAGCAAACCUAUUGGGAGAAUCUCUGGAGACGCUCCUUUCCAAGAAAAGUGGGCAGGUAGCAUUUCGGGAAUUUCUGAAGUCGGAAUUCUGCGAGGAAAGCCUGGACUUCUGGCUCGCCUGUCAGGAGUUCCAAACUUUUGACAGUCCAGAGGAACGAACUCAGCGAGCAGCGAGUAUUUAUGAAGAGUUUAUCAAGGCGGAUUCUCCCAAACAGGUAAACUUGGACUUCUACACGAGAGAAAUCAUCAGUCAGAGUCUUCAACAACCAAGUCCGUCGUGUUUCACUGUGGCACAGAAGAAAAUCUACAGCCUGAUGGAGAACGGCUCCUUCCCACGCUUCAUUCAGUCGGAGAACUACCAAGUCCUUUUUCAAGCGGCCUCUAAGCAGAGAGGCCUUGGGAAGCACCGCAAGGCCGUGCGGAUAAAGAGCACUUGAGGUGCAACGACGCAACGGCCAAACCUGCAGUGUGACCUCUGCCUCCUGCACAAGGACUGACAUCAUGCACAGCGCUGAUGGCGUAAAGACAGACUGAGGAAGUGCUGCUGAUAGACGGUGUGCAGGAGCUUCCCCUUCUCUCAAAAUAUCACAAAAUGUUUGACAGGACUGAAAGACGUGACAGUGACACGGACAGAGGAUGGUGCAGAUAAGGCCGUCUGGUGCACAAAGAACACUGGACCUCAUCUACUGCACAAAUGUGCUGUUCAAUACUGUGAUGGUUCUGACUGACACUGCCAGUGCCUUGAAUGUAAACUUGAAUAUUUAUGGACUGUAAGGCAGGUUUAUGCAGGUAGAUAAUAUUGUCAUGUGUGCAUCGUGUAGUGUUGGACUGCUACAGACUUUACUCUGUGGUGAAUCCAUUUAAAUUGUUAAACUGUUUGCAAACCUGAACCAGAAAAGACCUUUGAGUCGUCAUGUGAAGGCGUCCUGUGUCCUUACGGUUGAGGUGCUAUUGCCACCCAGUGGUGCCUGUGAAGCCUUGCAAGCAAAAUUACAUGUUGGUGUACUGGUUUGAGGCUGCACGGUGGCUCAUGGUUAGCCUCGCAGAUAGAAGAUCCCCGGUUAGGAUGCCUGUGUGGAGUCUCCA